UCUUACUUUCUCAAAACGAUAAUCUUGACCGUCCAACUACUUUUAAAAGCAAAACCACCGUAGGGUUUGUGAAGCAGCAAAGGUGGGCGUCCGAGCUUCCUCUUCUUCCCGUCUUUCCUUCAUUCUGGUUUUUUCUCGUCGGAGGGGGAGGAAGAUUAUAAGAAUGUCUCAUCGCAAGUUUGAGCAUCCUAGGCAUGGUUCUCUAGGGUUUCUUCCUAGAAAAAGAGCCUCUCGACAUAGAGGAAAAGUAAAAUCCUUUCCAAGAGAUGAUCCGAGCAAACCUUGCAGACUGACAGCGUUUCUGGGAUACAAGGCCGGUAUGACUCAUAUUGUCAGGGAAGUUGAAAAGCCUGGUUCAAAGCUCCACAAGAAGGAAACAUGCGAGGCAGUUACAGUCAUAGAAACACCACCUAUGAUUGUUGUUGGAGUCGUAGGUUAUGUAAAGACUCCUCGAGGUCUUCGUUCCUUGAACACUGUUUGGGCUCAGCAUCUUAACGAGGAGGUGAAGAGGAGAUUCUAUAAAAACUGGUGCAAGUCAAAGAGGAAGGCCUUUACCAAGUAUUCAAAGAAGUAUGAGACUGAAGAUGGAAAAAAGGACAUUCAGGCCCAGCUGGAAAAGUUGAAAAAGUAUUCGUCUGUGAUUCGUGUUUUGGCCCAUACUCAGAUUAAAAAGAUUAAGGGGCUGAAACAGAAGAAGGCCCACCUGAUGGAGAUCCAGGUGAAUGGCGGGACAGUUGCUCAGAAGGUUGAUUUUGCAUAUGGCUUUUUUGAGAAGCAGAUCCCUGUGGAUGCCGUUUUCCAGAAGGACGAGAUGAUUGACAUUAUUGGUGUGACCAAGGGCAAGGGUUAUGAAGGUGUGGUGACCCGAUGGGGUGUCACUCGUCUUCCCCGCAAGACUCACCGAGGUCUGCGAAAGGUAGCCUGUAUUGGGGCCUGGCAUCCGGCUAGGGUUUCGUUCACGGUUGCUAGGGCUGGGCAGAAUGGGUACCACCACCGCACAGAGAUGAACAAGAAGAUUUACAAGCUUGGAAAGACUGGGCAAGAGUCUCAUUCGGCCAUUACAGAAUUUGACAGGACUGAGAAGGACAUAACGCCCAUGGGUGGCUUCCCCCAUUACGGCCAGGUCAAGGACGAUUAUGUGCUGAUCAAGGGCUGCUGUGUCGGCCCGAAGAAGCGUGUGGUCACCUUGAGGCAGUCGCUGCUGAAGCAGACAUCUCGCCUGGCCUUGGAGGAGAUCAAGCUCAAGUUCAUCGACACAUCAUCCAAGUUCGGCCAUGGCCGUUUCCAGACCACACAGGAGAAGGCUAAGUUCUACGGACGGCUUAAGGUGUGAGUGGCAUUUUGGGUUUUGAUCCUAGUCUUAGUUGGGUUUUUAUGAGCCGCAUUUUGGGUUUUGAUCCUAGUUCUAGUGGAAUUUUCUUGAGUACAGAGAUUUCUAUUUGCAUUAUUUAGAUUCUUUGGUUGUCCAUCUGUGAUGGGAUUGUUUCUCGUUGAAGACUGAAGAUUCAUGAUGUGGGUUUUGUUUGAAGGUUUUGAUAGAGGAUGGAUUUUUGUCA